GAGAAGAGGAGGCAAUUUCAAACCCGGAUGCGCGAGCGAGUUCAGUUGUUGUGGAGCUAACGUUCAUUUAACGUCUAGUACACAAACACAACAACAAAAAGACCUUUAUUUUAAUAACUAAACUGGUCAAGAGAAGAAUACUGAAGUCCGCUAGAUAUGGAGGAAGAAGAGACCGUAUCGAUACUUUCCAGAAAAGAGUUGCGUAAGCAGAAGUUGAUGGAAUACUUGGCAGGAAAAGGAAAGCUGAAACAGCCCAACCCUAAGGCAUACCUCCGUGAAGGCUGUCAGAUUAAGAAACCUGUGGCUUCUACACAGAAGGUUGUUAUGGGGAAAGAGAACAAGGCGCCAGCUGACAGAUUCAGAUAUGAACACACAAAAAUUCCAACUCUGGCUGCUCAAUCCACAAAACACCCUGCUGCCAGAGGAGCAUUUGGUGUCACAAACAAAGUGAAUGUAAAAGCCAGCAUCCUGACUGGACGGCCGAAUAGUACCAAUUGUUCAUCUGCAACUAGUGGCCCGGCAAAGCCAAAACUUAAUCACAACCCUGUGCUGGCAGGAACGUACACUGUUUUGCCCUCCAAAUCCAACCCGGAUGCAGCCAGCCAUCUCAAAAGGCAGCCAAACACAAGAAUACCAUCUUCUGGCAGAGCCUCUUCAAAUGCAGCUCGUACAGCUGUAACAAAGUCAAACAGCAGAUUCAGCAGUAGCUCCAAUGUUACCCGGACAUGUCCAAUGAAGACAGUCAGUGUCAGGAUGAGUCUCGGCCCCAUGGUCAAAACAAAAACAGGACUCAUUCCUGCUUUGAUCCAGCCAAGAAACAGUCAAAGUCAAAACUUAACACACACCUCUGCCGCCGCAGCUGAUUCCACCACCACCACUACUUCUGUAGCUAACAAGGUGCGAUCCAGCACAUCGUCAUCCGUUUCUGUUUCCCAGAGGUCUGCCAUGGCUCCGAGGAAAACUUUACCUACCACCGCUCUAAACAACCAUGAGAGAACAAGAGCUGGGAUUAAAGUUCAAAAUCAGAACAAGUCCAACUCUAAACCACUUUUGGGUAAACAUUCACAGCCAUCUUGUAAGACUCAACUAUCAAGUGGACUGAAAUCGACGUCCACCUCCUCCAAGUGCACAGCAGCACCUAUUAAGCCAGAGGGUAGAGUAGGGACAGCUGGUCAGCCCACAAACAGGUCCACAAAGCAGAGAUCUGUGGGGAAAGGGCAGAAAAAUGGCCAAACAUACAAAGUGGCCUCCCGAACAUCCUCGGGGCCGGCGAGCAGGUGCAAUUCCAGAGCGGUCAGCGGGGUUAUGCAAGCUGCUGAGCUGGGAGGGAAAACUAAGACAGAUGGCAAAAAGGGACACAGUUCAGCAAAUGCCCCUCCACCACAAACGGGUGUAAAAAGAAUAAGCGCUCCAGUGAUGUCCCAGACGGUGCCACGGCCUGGCAGGACCAUCAGCUAUACCGGUCAGGCCACACACACAAAGACACCAAAGGUCCCAGUCAAGGUCGUUCCUCAGACUGAGGGGAAGAAGCUGACUGCUGCCCAAGAGGAAAGAAUGAGAAAACUACAGGAAUGGCGGGAAGCCAAGGGCAUUUCCUACAAGCGUCCCCCAAUGCCGGUAAAAGCUCACGUCAGGCGCACUAUGGCCGUGCCCCAACCUUUCUGGGACACCAUGAAUGAGGAAGACGAGGCCCACUCCCUGAUCAGUGCUGUGGACCGAUCCCUGGCAGACUGCAUCAAAUUGCUUGGCGAGGGUUGCCCUCCAGACCAGGUGAAGGAGGUUCUCUCACGGCUGCCAGCAGUGUCCAAGAAGUUUGCCAAAUACUGGAUCUGCCAGGCCCGCCUGAUGGAACAAGAGGGCAACCGGGAUGUCCUGCCCAUGUUUGAAGAGGCUGUUGGUGUUGUGUUGGAGCCAGUGGACGAGCUGCGGACUGUGGUGUUUGAGAUUCUGAAGAAAAAAGACGAGAUCCAAGCAUCCGCAGAAUAUGAGAAAAAGGAGGACCAAAUUUCAACAGCUGAAAGCACUCCCGAGAGUAUCAACAACCCAAUGAUGACUCCUAACCCUGUCAGAGCUCUCAUCUGGGGAGAGAAAGGAAACUCUUCUGUAGUCAAGUACAAGAUUACAGCAACUCCUGGAAGCAGUAUUAAAAACUAAACGGAACCAUCUGCAGAGACAGUUUAAUGUCACGAGCAGGAAAAACAGGAAAGCCGUGACCAAACCAACCCAGAGCUUGGCACAAAAACCCAAUAGGAAGUUGAGCGGUUUCGAGCGCAGAGGGCCGUGGAGACAUUCAUAACCUGGAUCUUUGGAAGCGGUGACUUAUGGAGUAGAAUAAUGUGCAGAGAGCAGGAUGUUGCCUCCCUUCUAGGCCCUUCUCGGUAUCUCUAAGUUUUGUUUCUUGGUCAAUCCUCCCAUGCAUUUUCCCAUAGCUUUCGCUUAUUAAAAACAAUACCCAUGUCUACCAACACCCUUCUAAUUUCUGAAGCCUCCUUUGUUAGCUGCACGCACCUGUCCUUUCUUAUCUCUUGUGGGACCAAGAAGAUAUAAACUUCUCUGCCACAGAGAGACAAGUUCUAAUAAUUCAUACCGGCAAAACAAGAGUGUAUCACAGCCACAGAAAUCACCCCGUCCUGUUGGUUGACAUUCACAUACACAGAGUAAUAGCACAGGUCAGUGCUCUAACACCGUAUAUAGAUAUUAUAGAAUACAAGCAGUGAAAACAAAAACCAAGUGGAAAUGAGGAUAUUAUUUCAUGCUGGAACUACUUAAUACUUAUAGUAUUAUGGUUAUGCAUUAUGACAGAAAAUAUAUCCCACAAAAUCAUCAGCAUGAUGUAAUUAGCUAAAAUAAUACAGAGUAGUAGCUGGCACGAAUUUCAACUUUUGCAAUGGCUGGAUCAGAUAAACGGCAGGCAGCGAGGGACAGAAAGAGAAGUCGUUCAAAGUCGAGGUUGAAUAUUUUGCCUGAUGUCUUCACACAUCUGGAAGAAGAAAAGAGAUUCAAGCAUGAGAGUUUGCGAUGCUCCUUUUGGAAAG